CAACACCGCUGCGUAGCCUAGACUCGCGACAAAAUAAUUCACUUCUCUUCUUAAGAGUACUUGUUUUUAAGACGAGGAAAUCAACAUGGAUGCGGUUACCAAGACAAAGUUGAAGUUCGUGGUGUCGCUGAACGUGAGGCACUCAAAAGCCGGCAUUCGGUCUAUCUGUAACCGACUGGCCAUGGAGCAUUUUGACAAGCUCCAUUGCAGACCUCAGGAUAACGUGUUGUAUGUUGGGUGUGGUGCUGGAGAAGAAGCCGUCAUUCUAGCGACUCGGGUACAGAAUGUCGUCGGUAUCGAUGUAGAUCCGUCCAUUCUGGAGAUUGCCAAGACGGACUACCCGGCUGACAACGUAGAGUACUUGUUGGAUAAUCUGGGAGAUGCCAGCCCCAGCCUCCUAAAGUGGAAAGGCGCCUUCGACAAAGUGGUCAGCAUCAGUCGAAUCAAGCUGUUUCCUGAGAUGUCCCGUGUCAUAGGGAACAUGGUUGGGUGUCUGAAAGCUGGAGGCGAGAUGUUGGCCAUCAUCCCUAACAACGACUUCAACUUCUUUGACGGAGCUGCGAAGAUAAUCAAGGAUUACCCCGAGUUGGGUCAGAAAAUGAAGGAGAGGAAUGUGAUGCUUUGGCACAAGACUGAAGAAGAGGCAGAGAAGUUGUUGAGAGAGAUUUGCGACUGGUCUCAACUCUCUUGCAAGACGCAGCGGUUUAAUUUCAGCUUGACCGAAGACAAAGCAAAGUUGGUCUGGUUGGAUGGUAUCGAGGAUGUGGACCGAGUUGGCAAGUCUAACCAGAAGGCAUGUCUUGAAGCAAUGUGGCAGUGGGCUCAAGUCGAGUAUGGAUGCAACAAAGACGGUGUGCUCAACAAACCAUCCGAAUUCAUGGUGGUAUACGGAGUCAAGAAGAACUAGUGGCGAGUCUAGGA